AUGCCGAAAGGAAGAAGUAAGAGGAGGCGUGAAGAAUUGGAUAGUACAGAUGCUCUUGAUGAGCGGUCAGUAAAAAGGUUGCAUAAGCUACUGAAGCAGUCAAAUGAAGAAAAUGACCUCGUCCCUAAGAGGAAAAAGGUUGAGAAGCUAAAUCUCGGUGGUAGUGAGUCAUCAGACGAAGAAGUUAGUGCCGUUAACAAGAAUCCGCCUCUCCAUGUUGACGAUGAAGACGAAUAUAAUGAAGAGUGGGAGAAGUUCUUCAAACCUAGUGCAGACUCUGAUGGUGCCUACUCGAGUGAACUCCUUCAAAACAUCAAUGAGGCUAAAUCUGUGGUCGCUGAAGAAAUGUCGGAAUAUUGCGGGAGCCUGCCGGAUCUCGAUGACUUUAAAGCGGUUGAUGACUUCGAGGAGCUACCAGAUGAGUUGAAAAAUCACAUUCGCCUGUUAAAAGACGUCUUAUCGCACUAUCGCAGUGGCCCUCUUCCUAAAACCAUCAAAAUGCUCCCGCAUUUAACCGGGUAUGAUAGUCUACUGGAAAUGCUCUCUCCACUGGAGUGGACCAGUCAUGCUUAUCCUCGGAUUGUCAAAGUUUUCGCUUCAAAAGGAGGAGAUCAAGCAUCCCACUUCUAUGAGGACUAUCUCCUGCCUAAAGUGCGCAACGACAUAGCUGAGAAUGGACGCCUAUGUGUGCAUUUGUUUGAGGCUCUGAUCGCCUCCUUAUUUCGUAUUCGUGAAUUUUUGGCUGCCAUAUUCUACCCAUGGAUAAAGGAAAGUCUAUUUACUAGCUAUUUCGUAUUUCAGUUUUGCUUUUUCCGUGCGUCGGAGAUGAGCAAGACAGAGGGGGUGAUUCUGGCACACCUCAUCAAGAAGGCUUCUAUUCGGGCGCAUUUCUCUGCAGUGGCCCUGAGCCUUACCUGCGAGGAGGACUUCUCAAUCCCACGUUCCAUGGUAAUUGAGGCCAUCAUCAACAAACGAUACUUCCUGCCCGAGGAUGCUGUCGCUCGCCUAGUCGCCUACUUUGCUUCAUUCGACAAUGCAAACUGCUCCAUGUAUUUCACAUCAGAGGGUCGAAUGCCACUGACGUGGUUCAAGAGCCUCCUGUCCUUCUUGGAGUUCUACCGUGAGGGUGUCCGUCCAGAGGAGCGGGAGCAACUGGUACGCCUCUGUCGCCGACACGAGCACCCCUCCAUCACUCCCGAAAUACGAGCGCUCAUUGGACUAAUCCCUACUACUACACAGCCAUCGACGUGA